UUUCCAAAAAUCAUUAAGGACUGGUUCAAAAUUAAUUUUAAUUAUUUCCAUAGAAUGUCUAAUUAUUUCUAAUUUCCGUAUAUGAAAAGGAAUUUACCUAGUUGGCAGAGGGUAACUUACCCCACGAGUUCUAAACGCCUGAAAAUCUCAGGAGAUGGCGCUUCCUUGUACGAUAAUAUUGUUCCAAGUUCUAACCUAAAUAACGUCAAUUAAAAAACGUGUUGCUCCGAAAUUUAAUCAGCAAUACUCCAAAAUCCUGACAAGAGUUCAAUACUUCCGCGAUAUUCAAAAAAGUCUACGAAAUUUCGAGUUGAUUUCCCCAAGUUUUCAAAAGCUGACACUCGGGAAUUCCCCUAUUAAUGAAAAAUGAGUAUCUACACGAGUGCAUAAUAUUCUCCUGAUUAAUUUCAAUUGUCCAGUAUAGCGGUAAAAAAUCGAGAUGUUGUUUACUUUGAGAUUGACAGUGAAAUGUUUGCAAUGUCCUCUGAGAGGAUUGAGCUCUCGAGGACUGACACAAGUGCAGCAAUAUUCGAAUAUUGCUCACCGUCGGCCAGUGCGAAUCGUUAACGAGGAGGAGAUCCUCGAGAAAAUCGAGGAAGCUAAAGGGCCGAAUGAAUUUCUCGACGUGGAGAAGAGGAAGCCCUUAAAAGUCAGACCUAAGAAGAAUAAGCCCAAAAAGAAAAUCGUUGUCACUGAGGCUGACACUCGUUUGAGAGAAGACGGUCUUCUAAAUUUCUCAGAGCUGAAAGAAAACGAUCCCCUGUUGAUGAAGCUGAUGAUGUCCGUUAGAUCCAGAAAGACUAGGGAUAGAAACAGUAGAAUAAUCCUGGAAGGCCACAGAUUAAUAACGGAUGCCCUCCACGCGGGCAGUAUCCCCGAAGUGGUAGUUUUUAGCAGAGUUGCAGAUGCUCUGAAGCUGCCACUUCCAGAUGUGGGAAUUAAAUUAUAUAAAACACCAUAUAGAGCUAUACAGACGUGGACGACGUUGACCACUUCUCCGGGACUUAUGGCGUUUUUCAAAACCCCAGACACAGAGAGCAUCAAGCCCUCCCCCGAGGCCCUGCCCCUGACAAUAGUCUGUGACAACGUCAGAGAACCAGGAAAUCUCGGUGCGAUCCUCAGAGCCUGUGCGGCCGUGGGCUGCAAGCAAUUAAUCCUCGUCAAAGGCUGUGUUGAUCUUUGGGAUGCAAAAGUGCUGCGAAGUGCAGCAGGUGCGCACUUCCGCGUUCCCAUAUUUGGGACGAGAACUUGGAAGGAAAUUCGAAGGAUGAUCGACCCUUCAGCCACCGUCUGGGUUGCCGACAACAAUGCACUUGUAACCGAGGAAAUUGAGGCAGAAUCUCUGGAUGAAACUAAGGAGGAACUACCGGAUGGCAUAGAGGGUGAAGUAGUUUCUCCCCAGAAGGAUACGACAGUGCCCCUUGAGGAUUACGAGGCCCAGGACAACCUAUUCAAGGCAGUCGUCGAUUCUGCGGAAUUCAAGAAUUACAGACAACGCCAGUAUGACGCAAACCUGGCAAAAAAAUUGAUCUCGACAAUUCCCAUCAUCCCGUAUUACUCGACAAAUUACCCCAACGCUGAGAAUAUACUGAUUGUGGGUGGCGAGAGUGAGGGAGUGAGUCUCGAAGCCCUUGCCCUCGUUCACGAGAGGAAUGGUGUACGACUUAAUAUUCCGAUGACUAAUGGCGUUGAAAGCCUCAACACAGGCAUGGCACUUGGUAUCAUUGCCUUUGAGCUGAAACGACAGUUUUCUGUGAAAAAAACGUCAGAGUGCAACGAUGAAAUCCACUUAAAUGAAUAAACACAGUCCGACAGAGAAUAA